AUGAAACGCAAAACAACCCACGAGACUACCGAUACCCCGCAAAAGCAGCCUAGACAAGACCCAGUAUCUUGCGAGUCUUGUCGGAAGAGAAAGACUAAAUGCGACCGGCAAUUCCCAUGUGGCAGCUGUGUAUCUCGUCGGAUUGAUUGCAGUUAUGGCAGCAAUGACCCAAAGCCGAGCCCCGGGGUACCCCCUGGUCCUCAGGGGGACGAUAGACCUUGCAAUAUUGUUGCUGCGUCUCGAAUGAUACAGGCAACAAGAAGCUCUCGGGACAUAUGUCAGAGCCGAAGAGGAGAGGAUCCACUCAUGACGGCCGACUGCCUCGAGAAGAUUCUCAUGGGCCACCGGGUCCCUAGUGCCGUUCCAGCAGCGCUCCGAGAAGAGCUGUCAGGCUAUGAGCGCAUACCAUCAUCCCGACAACACGCGGACGCCGCCUCGGGCAGCUUCCAUUCUCUACUUCGCACUAGCGGUUCUGUGUCUCUUGCGCAUCCGGCCACCAUUUGUCUCGCAUCAUAUCUGCCCUCGGAGGCUGAUGCACUAAGGCUCUUCGACUAUUACAAAAAUCACCUCGACUACCAGUAUCACCUUGUAGUUCCUGCCAGAACCAAGCGAGACAUUCAUGCCUUGUACGAAGCAAUUGCUCGUGGUGAAUCGGGGGACUUGAAUCAGAUCGCACUAUUGUUCAGCAUUAUUGCCACGGCUUUGUUCUAUCAGCUGCUCUCAACCGACUCUCCAGAUGUUGCCGAGAUCUGCAGCCGCGAGACAGUGUUUCUCGCUGGCGCAGCAUUGAUUCAAAGCAACUAUGUUGCAUAUCCAACGGUCGAGGGCUUACAGGCCGCGAUGAUCAUUGGGCAUCACUUGUCUAGUUUGACCCUGAACCCAUCUGUGAGCUCGCUGUUUUCGCAGGGUGGACUUGUGAGCCAGGCCAAAAGUCUUGGUCUCCAUUUACUCGAUUGCCCUCAAGUUGUAGCCGCGCGUCAAGAAAAGGGAUUUGACAAGAGUGAGAUCGAGUUGAAGCGGCGAUUAUGGUGGGAUCUGGCAUCUUAUGACUGGUUAGUGGGUUUCCUCAGUGGGCCCCAGGAAUGGACAUACACGAUCCAACCUCAACACAUGAAUGUACGGCGACCAUUGAAUAUUGAAGAUGACUCGAUCGGGAACGAAACUGAGUUGCCAUUGUCGACCCCAACGUGUAUGUCCUACAGCCUGCAUCGUCUGAGAUUGGCCGAGGUAUGUCGGGAGAUUGUCGAUGCAGGAGCGCCCCAUCAUCUUCAGGGCGAGGAAAUCACAUACGAAAUUAUACUCGACUUGGAUCGCAAGCUUCAACAAGCGUACUCGGAGCUUCCGACGUUCUUUCGAUUUGAUACGUCGUCACGUCGCCAGUUUGCCAACAUUUACCGUGGGCGACCGGAGAUUGCGUGGCAACGUGCCUUGAUACAACAAGCCUACCAUUCACGUCUUUGCCGUCUACAUCGUCAAUACUUCAUUCGAGGUGCUAAAGAUCCGAAAUACUCUUAUUCGCACGUUGUGUCUCUCCAGUCCGCCCGGAAGGUCUUGGAAAUUAAGCGCAUAAUGGACGAGGAAGAACCUUUGUUCACUCCAAACAGCUCCUUUUUCUGGGCGGUCAUGCAUCAUGUGUUCAUGGCAGCGGUCAUCCUACUUAUCGAUGUUUGUUUCAACUGGGAUGAUAUCCUUGCUUGUAAAAGGAAAGAAGAGGUUCUUGAUGCCUGCCGACUGCUAAGCCGCGCGCAACAAUCUUCGGCGGUUGCCCGAAAAUGUAUCAACGCGAUGAUGGACAUUCUCCGUCGGCAUUGGAAACAAGAAAAGAGACCAGUCUCAUCCGGUGAGAUGCAAGCUCAAUUGACAUCAUCUCCUGGCCUUCCUUUCUCUGUCUUGCACGAUCAGUGUGCUAUACCGGCCGCCAAGAAUGUACAGGAUUCCAAGGGUUUCCAUUUCGCCGGUCCUGAACAGGUACAUAAUCUCGCUAUACAUGACCAGCCAAUUGAGUUCGUGAGUUCCGAGCUUGGAUUUGCCCCUUUGGAGGACUUGUGGGGUCAAAUGCUUGACGAAAGCGCUCAUAUCGCGCUGGACACGCCAGAGUGGAUGGAUCUAUUGACGGAGCUGACAAACGCGACUGCUCCCGACCGAGUGAAUGAUCCCGGAGCUAUUGAAUGA